GUCCGCGGUCUGGGCGAAGAAAGAACAGGAAACAAUUUGAUCCAUAGCGCAGAUGAUGCUGUCUGCGCCUUUCUGAGUGAUUUUCUGCUGUUUCCGCGCUGUUUCGGAGGUUUAAAACGUCAGCGGAAGAAUCCUGCGCACCGACCGCUUCAUUUUUAUGCUCCGCUAAAGCUCAGUUUUUACGUUAAAUAAGCAGCUGCAGAGUUGGAAGUCAGGGUGUUUGAAGCUGAAUUGUUUGCUAGCUUGUUAGCUUUUGCGUGUCGGCGCGCCCGUAGUUUCAAAAAAAAGUUGUUUCGUUUUGUUUAAUUGGUAUUUAUACGGACUUGAGGCAACAAGAUGGGGUGUACUCUGAGCACGGACGACAAAGCAGCGCAGGAGCGGAGCAAAAUGAUCGACAAAAAUCUGCGAGACGAUGGAGAAAAAGCUGCCCGGGAGGUCAAGCUGCUUCUGCUCGGUGCUGGAGAGUCUGGUAAAAGUACAAUUGUUAAACAGAUGAAAAUUAUUCAUGAAGCUGGCUACUCGGAAGAAGAGUGUAAGCAGUACAAAGCCGUGGUCUACAGCAACACCAUCCAGUCCAUUAUUGCCAUCAUCAGAGCUAUGGGUCGCCUCAAGAUAGACUUUGCUGUUCAAGCCAGAGCAGAUGAUGCACGUCAGCUAUUUGUACUUGCUGGCUCUGCAGAAGAGGGUUUCAUGACAGGUGAACUGGCUGGAGUCAUCCAGCGGCUGUGGAAGGAUGAUGGCGUUCAAGCCUGCUUCAGUCGCUCCAGAGAGUAUCAGCUCAACGACUCUGCAGCUUACUAUCUAAAUGACUUGGAGAGGAUAUCCCAUGGUGCCUAUGUGCCAACCCAGCAGGAUGUGCUGAGAACUAGGGUCAAAACAACUGGCAUUGUUGAAACUCACUUCACUUUCAAGGACCUACACUUCAAAAUGUUUGACGUAGGCGGACAGAGGUCUGAGAGGAAGAAGUGGAUCCACUGUUUUGAGGGUGUCACUGCAAUCAUCUUCUGUGUAGCUCUGAGCGACUAUGAUCUGGUUCUGGCUGAGGAUGAGGAAAUGAACCGAAUGCACGAGAGCAUGAAGUUGUUUGAUUCCAUCUGCAACAACAAGUGGUUCACAGACACUUCCAUCAUCCUCUUCCUGAACAAGAAAGACCUAUUUGAAGAAAAGAUCAGAAAGAGCCCUCUCACAAUCUGCUACCCUGAAUAUGCAGGAUCAAACACUUACGAGGAGGCAGCAGCUUAUGUUCAGUGCCAGUUUGAGGACCUGAACAAGAGAAAAGACACCAAGGAGAUCUACACCCACUUCACCUGUGCCACAGACACCAAGAAUGUGCAGUUUGUGUUUGAUGCUGUCACUGAUGUCAUCAUCAAGAAUAACCUGAAGGACUGUGGCCUUUUCUAAGGCACCCUGAUGGCCAUCUUACAAGUGAAUUAAUUCAUGGCGCAUCUGACUAGGGGGAACUUCAUGGACAUUGUUGAGAAUGUCAUGUUUAACAUUUUAUUAACUUAUGUUCAUCUCUGAAAGUUUUAAAGAUGGUAUGUGGAAAAGAAUUGUGUAAAAUAUUUAACUGUCUAUGGCAUGGGAUCGAUUUUUAUAAUGUGCUUGUUUUAUUUCUUUUUGUUAAAUGAAAACGGACCUUUAUGAAUCAAGACCUUUUUGUUUAUUAGGUGCUUGUGCCUUGCAUGUCUUAGUUUUUAUAAACUUAUAUUUACGUCUUACCAUGGACCCAAAGCUAGACCCAAGCUAGUGACUCCUAUUUUUUCAGAUACCUGUUGUUGUUGUUUUUUUGUUUUUUAUUGAUAUAACCUUAUUAGGAUAAAAAAGACCACAUGACACUACAGACUGUGUGAGAGCUUUGUGUACAAGUUUCAGAUGUGCAGUUUGCAUAUGUGCUGUGAUUGAGAGCUGUUUUGUUUAUUGUGGACAAACCUGCAAGUGGUCUGUCAUGGGUGAUUUCUGCUUGGACAUGAGCACAAUGUAAAGCUGAGGGACUAUAAUUGUCUGCUUGCCAUUCUCUUUCAAAGUUUUUAUUUUUCUAUGUGACCAAAAAGGGCUUCUGUCUGCAACAAAACCUUGCACGCUGGUGGUGCCCAAACAACAUGGAGGACAUGAAAGGGGUUUUAAACAUAGGCAUUCAGGUGCAACCUUGCAGACAAAAGCGCCACAUAAAUCUGAGGUCAGUAGAUGUGUAGAAGAGCACCGUUAUUACGAUCUGUGAUAUCAAAAGCAUAUUCCACAUAUAGGCCCCACCCUUCUGUUUGCAUUGGGUGGGGAUUAGUCAAUCUCUUUUUGCUAAUAAAAGACUUGCUAUGGGCAAUCAUGGCAUUUUAAGAAACAA